CUUGCAUCAUAACUACACGUUCUUAUAUACAAGUCACCGUGUUAUAUUUGUUCAUAUAAACUGCUAAAAGGUGUUAUUUAUGAAUUAUGUGACACAUUAGUCUAGAGAUUGAUUAGGACAACAUAUGAAAUGUCAACUGUCGGAAAGUAACAUGAGAAUAUUACCUAAUGCAAAUGUAAACUUAAUUUAAUUUAAAAAAAUAAAAAAAUGAAUUGUUUUCGACGCUGUUGUGGUAAAUUUCAAUGUCUGCGGCGCGAAAAGGAGAUCGAUAAACUCCACUCGACAGUUUCCAUGGACACAAGAGUCGCAAACAGUGAUUUCGACUUGUAUUCGACACCUACAAUACAGAUAAGUAAUGAUGUUGAAAUUGGGGACACAAUUUUUGAACAAGUUGAUAAGUUAUCAGACGUUUCGCAAUCUGUAAUAUCCAAAGACGAAGAGCAAGUGAAAGGUGCUGCUUCUGAGGAAGAUAUUUUAAUCGAAAUCAAAAAGGAUAAUUAUACAAAACAGGUUGUGGCAAGAGAGAAAGGAACAUUUAAAAAACUGGUCACCGGAGCAUUUGUUAACCCUGCUUUUGAUCACUGUGAACCAGAGCUAUGUAUUGAAAUGAUGAAGCACCCUAAUAUGAGAACUUUCAUUGCGCUGAAGAAACAACUUCAAAAUAGUAAUUCCGAAUGGAUAUCAAAUUUCUUAGAUGCUGGAGGAUUAUUAGUGUUACUGGAAUUUAUUGAUUCACUGAGUGCUAGUAGAGUAAGUCAGUUAUCUGAUGCCUUGGUGUUACUAGAAGCGGUUCAAUGCGUGAAAGCUGUGGUUAACUGUAAAGUUGGACUGGAUUAUCUGGUUCAGAAUAUAGAAUUCACUAAGAAGCUCAUAAAUACCUUAGACACCAACAAUGUUAUGGUAAAGAAACAAGUUUUCGAACUGUUGUCCGCUCUGUGUGUUUAUUCCAAAGAAGGAUAUGAUUUGACGAUAGAGGCACUAGAUAGUUUCAGAACACUAAAGAGACAGCGGUACAGAUUUAGCUUGAUAGUAAACGAGUUGAAAACAGCUGAAUUAAUACCAUAUAAAACAACGCUUGUUGCAUUUGUGAACUGCAUUUUGGUAGCCACUGAAGAACUAGAGGACAGAAUACGACUCAGGAAUGAAUUUAUUGGUUUGAACCUUCUUGACCUCAUACACAAACUCAGGGACGAAGAUGACGAAGAUCUUCAGAUUCAGUGUGAUGUUUUCGAGGACGAAAAACACGAAGAUGACGAGGAAUUAUCAGAAAGCACCCCGGAAGGAUUGGAUAUUACUGAUCAUCAUAAAAUCUUUACAGCAAUUUUCCAAAAGGUUUAUAACACACCUCAAGCAGAUUCAUUUUUAAGUGUUCUCCAGUCCCUUAUUCAAAUUGAUCCAGAAAAUCCAGUAAGUGAUGUACAGUGGAAUUUGAUACUGACUUCAGUGAGGAAAGCUAUUUUGGUUGAGAAAACUCAUAUUGGUUGUGACAUUAAAUCGCUGGUUGUGGUGAAUCCAUUUGAAAGACAGCAAUCAAAUGUAGUCACGUGCUCAAAAUGUGUACAAACUGAAAUCAUUGAAUUGCCUUCAGUAAAACAAAGUGAUGUUAUAAUUUCACCAUCUACAGGAGAAAAUGAACCUAUUAAAAUUAAUCAAAAGUCGAAUGGACUAAUGAAUGGUUCAUUAAAAUCUUCAAGUACUGCAAACAGUCAAAAACAAGUAAAUGGUCAUGUGACUCCGAAUCAUCGAACAGAUAGUGUAGAGACUAAUGAAUGUAGUAGUCUUAGCAAUAGUGAAAGACAUUCCUCAUCAUCUUCAUCAAAUUCAGAAGAUGAAGACGAAAAUAAAAAAAUGAACAAGUCAAACAAAUCUGCAACGAAUUUAAAUCAAAAUGGACAUAUCAACGAAGAAAUGAAAACUCAUGCAACUAUCCUUUCAUCUGGCAGCAACCAAUCUCCAUCUUCUACAUCACAUUCUAACGCUACAGUGCCUCCACCACCACCGCCACCUCCUCUGCCGCCUGGUAUGAUGGGAGGAAUUCCAGCUGCCCCUCCUACCCCACCAAUGCCUGGAGUGCAAGGAAUUCCAAUACCUCCACCGCCACCUCCGCCACCUGGAAUGCCAGGAAUUCCGCCACCGCCACCACCACCACCACUUCCUGGAAUGCCAGGAAUUCCGCCACCGCCACCUCCUCCACCUCUUCCUGGAAUGCCUGGAGUGGCUCCGCCACCACCACCCCCUCCUGGAAUGCCUGGAAUGCCUCCACCACCACCGCCUCCUCCUCCUCCACCCGGAGUAGAUGGAAAGAUAAGAGCAGUACCAGCACCGCUCUCAUUUGCAAAUACAAUGCCUCAACCAAGAAGUAUAUGGACACCAACACCGAAACACAAGAUGAAAACAUUCAACUGGACAAAAGUUCCUGCUCAUACAAUUGCUUCUCAUAAGAAUAUUUGGAAAGAAGUGCUCGAUAUGGAAGAUGCUAUUCACAUAGAGUAUGAAACUAUCGAACAAUUGUUUAGCAAACAACAACCAGUGACCGUGAAGCCUGCCGAACAAAAGAAAUCAAAGCAGAAAACAGAGGUUUUACUACUGGAUAUGAAGAAAAGUAUGAAUGUAAACAUCUUUUUGAAACAAUUUAAAUGCAGUCAUUCUGAGAUUGUAGACAUGAUAGUAGAGGCAGAUAUUAAUAAGAUUGGACAAGAACGUUUAAGAGGUCUACAAAAAAUCUUGCCGGAGUCUGACGAUAUUGCAACUGUCAAAGACUAUGACGGUGAUAAAUCAAAACUCGGAAAUGCAGAAAAGUUUUUUUUAACAUUGUCUGGUUUGGCAGCUUUCAAGUUGAGAAUCGAUGGUUUAGUACUCAAAGAUGACUUCAAACUGUCGUGUGAUUCACUACGACCUAAUAUAGAGACAUAUAUAAGAGCCUGUGAACAUCCAUUAGAUAACGAAUCCUUUAAAGUGUUUUUACGCUUUGUAUUACACACGGGGAAUUUCCUGAACGCUGGCGGAUACGCUGGAAAUGCAGUUGGUUUCAAAAUUAAUUCUCUAAAUAAGCUGAUGGACACACGUGCAAAUAAACCAAGGGUGACAUUGUUGCAUUUCAUGGUGGCUGAGGCUACAAAAGAAAAUAAAGAUGCUUUGGUUUUUGCUGAUGAGAUGUAUCCAGAUCUCUAUUGUGCAACAAGAUGUUCGAAGGAUAAUCUAACCACAGAGCUUAAACAGUUAAAGGACAGUGUACACAAACUGCACAAAAAUCUGAAAGGUGCUCCUGAUGACGUUAAAAAUCAACUUAAAACAUUUGUACAGGAUUCAGAAGAAGAAAUAAAGCAAAUGGAAAAGGGAAUGAAAAAGAUCUCAGAUUUGUCAAAAAAAUUAGCUAGUCAUUAUUGUGAAAAUGAAAAGUCGUUUAAGGUGGAAGAAUUGGUAGAAACAUUAAAAACGUUCUGCGCUAAAGUUCAACAGUGUCAGAAGGAAAAUGAGCAACGACGCAUUCAGGAAGAAAAGGCAGAGCGAAGAAGAAGACAACAAGCUGAAAUGAUUGAAAAGCAUAAACAUUCCAAGCAUGAACCUCUACCAAAGGAUGAUGACGGCUGUAUAAUUGACAGAUUACUGACAGAUAUAAGAAAAGGAUAUAGUUUACGUAAAACCUCUCCGGGAAAAUCUAGAGGAAAAUCUCCUGGCACUAAAUCAAAUACGCAGAUACCUUCAACACCAGAGGAAAUGGAAGUGAACAUAACCGAUUCUCAAGCUUAAAUAUUUAUACCAUAUAUAAUAAAGUAUCAAUUUUAAAGCUUGAACAUUAAUAUCAUUGUACCAGACAAUAACCGAUUCUCAAGCUUUAAUAUUUAAUUUACUGUACCAAAAUAUUAAUAGUUCUAAACUUCUCAAGCUUGAACAUUGGUAUCUCUGUACCAAAAACAUUAAAGAUUCUCAAGCUUGUAUAUUUAAACUCUUUGCCACAAAUAUUAUGAGCUAUUGCAAAUUUUGUAACAUAUGUUUUUUAUAGAAACUUUUUCCUCAGGAAGAAAAACUCAUAAAUAUUUUGAAUAUUUUUGUUAAUGCAAUAUUUAGAAAUACGCAACACAGAAACUUUUCUAUUUUUAGACUCAUUUAGUUUUUCAAAAUAAAUGAAAGACAGAUUGAAAUGCGGGAAUGUAUUUAAAAGUUAAUUCAAACACGCAGAAUGAUAGUUUGUACUGUUCAAAGGAUUCAUUAUCUUCAAUUGACAAAUAUUUUCUUUCAAAAUUUAUAACCAAGUUAAAUUUUGACACAGUUUGAAUUAUAUAUAGAAAUUAUGUCUUUAAUACUUCCCUUUUGUAGUUGAUCUUUUUAAUCAUUGUGUAUGUCUUAUGUACUUUUUAUAUUGGUAAUUGUGCUGAUAAAAUAAGAAUAUCAGCCCUUAUAUGCCGGUGAUUAAUUGAAAAUAAAAGAUUGUUUUGUAUA